GCGGUGAGGGCAGCGGCGGCGGGAGCGGCCCCGCGGCCAUGAGCGCUGCCCGCCGCUGCGGCCCGGCCCGGGCGCUGCCAGGGUUAUUUGCCUGGCACCUGAGGAGCACUGGAGUCUGGCACGUGCCGUGCCCCUUCGUGCCUCUGUGCCCUGCAGCCAGCGGCAGGGUCAUUGCGUUCCAGUGCUUUAACCUCCUCAAGCGAAUGUACGUAACACAAUGCAACAAAGACCUCAGCCAACGAGCCAAACCGAAGUCAGACUCAGUUGCAUCUGCUUUUGCUGAGCUUCAGCAACAGGAGCAAGAAAAGAAGGUUGUGUACAAGAUUAGACCACUUUCAUCUGCUCAUCAGCCUUUGCCUGAGACAUCCAGCAGAAAUGAGUUGGUAGAAAUGAAGUCAGCUGUGGAAACUGGAGACUCAGUCACAGCAGUAAGAACAGAAUCCAAAGAGGACAGACAAUGGAAGGAAAUGAAGCUCGAGCUGGGAGAUCUACCAGGCAUCUUGGCACGCUUGUCCAAAAUUAAGCUCACAGCUCUGGUUGUAAGCACUGCCUCUGCAGGCUUUGCCAUGGCCCCUGUCCCUUUUGACCCGGCCUGUUUCCUGCUUGCCUCCCUCGGAACCGGACUGGCAUCCUGUGCUGCCAACUCCAUCAAUCAGUUCUUUGAGGUUCCAUUUGACUCAAAUAUGAACAGGACAAAAAACAGACCACUGGUGCGAGGACAGAUCAGCCCGCUGCUCGCCGUCUGCUUCGCCGCCUCCUGCGGAGUGCCGGGAGUGGCUCUGCUGGCGCUGGGAGUCAACCCCCUCACCGGGGCCCUGGGAGCCUUCAAUAUUUUCCUGUACACGUGUUGUUACACGCCCCUGAAGAGGAUGAGCAUCGCCAACACGUGGGUGGGAGCUGUCGUCGGGGCCAUUCCCCCCGUCAUGGGCUGGACGGCGGCUACCGGCAGCCUCGACGCUGGUGCAUUACUGUUGGGAGGAAUCCUCUACUCCUGGCAGUUCCCUCACUUCAACGCCCUGAGCUGGGGUCUGAGGGAGGAAUACUCGCGGGGGGGCUACUGCAUGAUGUCCGUCACGCACCCGGGGCUGUGCCGGCGGGUGGCUCUGCGGCACUGCUUGGCCCUAGUUGGACUCUGUACGGUGGCUCCUGUCCUCGACAUCACCACGUGGACUUUCCCCAUCAUUUCACUCCCUCUCAACCUCUACAUCUCCUACCUCGGCUUCCGCUUCUACAGGGCCGCAGACCGCAGCAGCUCCAGGAAGCUCUUCUUCUGCAGCCUGUGGCACUUGCCGCUGCUGCUGCUCGUCAUGUUCACGUGUAAGAAAUCCUUCCUAGAGAGGGAAGAAGAAGGUGAUGUGCUCACUGGAAAUCACGGGGGGGCUGUGGAAAUGAGAUUGCCUUAACUAUCACUCGUCACAUCCUCGUGACACAUCAGGUAGUGUAUGUUAGUAACGACAAGGGGGAAAAGCUGUGGGGAUGUGUUUGAAGAAUCAUUUGUGCCUGGCGACCACGUCACGCGAUAGUUGUCUGGUUUCUUCUGAAAGGAAGUAGAUGUGAGAGCUUAAAACAUUUACAGGCCUCAGGGCCCCUCCUCACGGAUCAGAAUGUAGCCUGUGUCAGACGCACAUCACUUUGGGAUGGCCUUGCAAAGUCCUCGGGGGUUGUGGCCUCUUAUCCCGUGGAUGGGUUUGGUGGCACGCUCCUGAGCAGCAGUGCUGGCAGGGAAGCAAGGGAGGGGUGAUUCCCACCCUGCUCCCCAGGCAGCCUUUCCAAAUUCAGCUUUGGGGCACACAGUGGGUUGGGUGGCUGGAUCUGUGCUGUCCCUGAUCUGUUGUUACACAGAAGCCUUCAGUUCCUGAGGCUUUUCUCCGGUGGUUGCUUUUCCCAAGGUUCCCAUUCACCCCAGUAGAUCUUUCACACGCUGGCACAGUGCCGAAGGAGGAAAGCAAACUGCCUCUCAGCACACUGCACAUCAGCUUCUAAACAACCUUCAGGUGAACAGCCCUGCUGUUCCACACACCUUGAGCACACUGAGCCGUUCUGUGCCUCCGUCACGGUGGUUUCCCAUCCCUGUGGUUUUGCAUUGUUAGAGUUGGAGCCCUCUGGCAGACCUUUGUCUGGUAGAAAUUGCCAUCACUGUUUAUGGGAGUGAAGCUUUGAAAAGGUGUAGGAGGUGAGAACCAGAUCUGAGAGUCUGGUAGUUUUAAGACUUUUCUAUGCUGAUGUGUCCUGUGUCAGCACAUUGAGUCUCAGACAAGCCCUGGGCUUGCAUCAGGAGUUUGAACUGGGUUUGGUAUCAGUGUGGUGGCUGAGACAGGGCCUGGCCUUGAGGGUGUACUCAGUAAGGAAACACGUUUUACAGGGAGAAAAGUUGGAGAUUUUUAUCUGAUACUGUAAUGUUCAAAUUCCUCCUGCAGCCAGUGUCCCCCAACAGGGUUGAUGUGGAUGGUCUCACGAGGAAAAUGCAUCAUCUGUGUUAACUGACUCACUGCAGAGCAUUUCUCACCACGGUUCCUCAGCCCUGGGUGGCUGUGCCCAUGGGGCUGUCAGUCCCUCAGCCCAGGUCACUGUGCCCAUGGGGCUGUGUCAGUCCCUGGGGCUGUGUCAGUCCCUCAGCCCAGGUCACUGUGCCCAUGGGGCUGUGUCAGUCCCUCAGCCCAGGCUGCUGUGCCCACGGGCACUGCCUGGCACACGGCAGCGGGACAGGGGCAGAGGCCCCACGUGGCUGGCACUGCCUGUGCUGACUCGAUGCCCUUUCACACUGAGAUUUCCUCCCCAGAAGGCCUGGGCAGUGCAGCUGAGCCUCAAUCCACAGACACAGCAACACCUGAAGGGCAGACACUGGCUCUAAUUUGGCCCCCAAUAAAGCCCUUCAGGAAACGUCACAAAUCUGCCGCCACGUGCAGAUCACACUGAGGUAAAACCUUCACCGGCUGCUCUCGGGACACAAGCCCCAUUUCUGCUCUGGGUGGCACUGGUGUAAAUGCAGAGCAGUGUGAGUACCCUCUGCUCUCACAGGAGCGGGGCCACCUCUGUUACACAGCUCUCCAAUCAUCAGCUGCAGGAUCUCUGCCUCACAGAGGUGACAGGAUUGGGUUCCCUCUUGCUGUUUGUCUGAUGUACUGUUGUUCUUGAGUUACUGUGGGCAACCCUUCCUAGAAACAUCUGGAAACUGUGCAGCUCCUGAAUUUGUUUUGGAAAGGCAUCCAGUGUUCUC